UUUUCAAAAUCCCGCUCACAAAAAAAAAAAAAAAAGUUUGGUUACCCUCUUCUCAUCUUCUUUCUCAUCUCCUUUUACUCUCAAAAUUUGCCCCCAAAUUUCCCAUUUGGAUGACGCCAAGCUAAAGCUCUCUCGUUUGGAAUCUGUUAUCGAAGAAAAAAUUCAAAGCAUUGAUGCUAAAACCCUUCUUCUCAAGGAACGCGAGAAGUUUCUCGAAGACAUGGAAAACAAGAUCACUUAUCUGCAGUCUGUUAUAUCUGCAGUCUGUUUUUCCCAGCCCCUGAGCCUCAUGACAAUCAGUUGCAUGCUAGUAUAGUGAAUCAGAUAGAUUAUUAUUUCAGUAAUGAAAAUCUAAUUAAGGAUACCUACUUGAGGCAGAACAUGGAUGACCAGGGCUGGGUUCCUAUUAAAUUAAUAGCCGGCUUCAAAAAGGUUUCACUUUUGACUGAUAAUAUUCAGCUGAUAACGGAUGCUCUGCAAAGUUCAACAGUUGUGGAAGUGCAGGGUGACCAAGUAAGGAAGCGGAUUGAUUGGAUGCGAUGGAUAAUGCCGCCUUCUGUUCAUUUCCCUACCAAGUCUGGUCAGGAUACACUAGCAGCUCGUGUUCAGAAUAUUUCAUUGGAUCAGAGAGCUGCAAACCAGAGUGGUGCAAGUAACCCUGAAGAUUCUGAUGCUGGUAGACCAUCAUAUGGGGACUUCAGUAAUCAGCCUCAGCUAUUCAACAAUGAGGGAUCAACCGUCAGUGCUCAUGGGGUGAAAAAAAAAAAGAACACAUACUUGGAUUGAGGUCUAUGGAGAAAAUGGCUCCUGCAGCUGUGGCUGCAACAGCUACUACUGCUAUUAUUCAUGCCUACAAAAGCUUCUUUUUUUAUUACCUUUCGAGGCAUAUAUCAUUUACCAAGAAUUGCACUUUAUAUUAUUUAUUUAUGUACUUAUUUAUACACUAUUAUUAUAUUUAA